GCUGUGAUUUCCGUGGAAGGCCGUCCAGCCUGGUCAGGCUUAGCCACGACUCCUCCAUCCAUCCGUCCAUUCAUGCGAUCCUGGAAAAGUCUGGCCUCGACCAGGCCCACCCACCGACCGACCUCCUUGAGCAAUUAGAGAGUUCUCUCCUCCGCGAGCGGACGGAAACGGACGGACCAACGACCUUGCUGUCCUUGGCGGGCGGCCUUUGUCGCUUUCUCAGAUGGCUUGCUUUCUCAUCUGAGGCACUCAUUUGUCCUUUGGCGGCCCGAUUGGGUUCAUCCGAAGGCUGAAGCGAUUCAGGAGCGAAGGCCGCCGGAGGAUGGCAAUUCAUGAAUGAAUGAAAGGCUGACUGACGAGCGAGUUCUCUGGUUCAAGCCCACACUUGAAGACUCACACACACACACACGCAUGUACAUUCAUAGUACGAACACGCUUCAUCUCUCUCUCUCUCGCUCUCGCUCUCUUCUUUUCAACCACUUGAACCAUUGAGCACUUUCCCCCUACCAUAAGCUAGCAGGAGCGCCAGGGAGGGGGAUCUGGGCGACCAAGAACCAUUUCCCAGCCCAGCAAACAAACCCGAGGUUGUGCCAGCUUUCCCGAGGUCCAUGGGUGCCCUCCCUCCAAGGAGCAUCUCUCAUCUGGUGUUCUGCCUCAUCUCAACCAGUGCGGAGGUUAGCGAACGACUCGAACCAACUCUGCUCCCGAGAGCUCCGAUCAAGAUUUCUCCGUCGUUGGGGCGUGUAGCGUGAAGAGUUCUGUCUUAUUCGCCACCGGAAUCACUGGCAUCAUGUCCACCCCUAAGCCCGUGGAGUGGGUGUCUGCCCUCAUGGCCCGCUUUGAAGAGCAAUUGCCUUGCCGCAUCGGGCCGCAGACCCAUUUGACCCGCAUCAAUGUCCAACAGAACAAGGAGUCGCUCAUUCACAUCUCGCGAUGGAAGUUUUCCCUGGUAAUAACAGGCCUGACCAAGACACUCACCAAAAUCAACGACAUGUCCCCGCCCCCGGAUCGCGACUAUUACGACUCGUUGUUAAUCGUUUUGGACACCAUCGAAAAAUGCCUAUCCUCGGAGCCGAAAGAGGCCCAAAGACGUGACGAUGGCAGUGGGAAGCUAUUGAAAGACAUCUGUUUGCCUUCCGAGCCCAAGGAAGCGCAGAAACGCGACGAUGGCACCAUCAAAUCCCUGCUCAAAGAGAUAUGUCAGUUCCUGGUCAUGCCCAACGAGUCGUCAAGUCAAGUGGCGCAGAUCCGAAGUCUGUCUUCGAAAGUGCUCUUCGCCUUGUCCGUGAACAAUUUCCACCUGGUGCUGAGUCGAAUCUCAAGUCGACUCCAAGAAGUGUCUCAAAGCAGUGAGGAGUCCCCAGACCCCACGGACAUCGAGCUGAUCCAGCAUAUCCACGUAGACUUGGCGCGAUUGACCAAGCUCCUCUCCGAGGCCAUUUCCAAGUUCAAGUUCCUCAAGAAGUCGGCUCAACUCACGCUCAUGAACUCGUUGGAGAAGGCCAUUUGGAAUUGGAUGGACGCCUACCCACAGGAGUUCACCGAGCUUCAGAACGUGCAGAACGACGAGCUAUUUCGGUGCUGCGACACGUUCUUUGACUUGCUGGACCCACUCUCUGAGUCCAAGAACAAAUAUCGGAGCGCCACUUGGCCUCUCCAACUCAUGCUCUUGGUGCUCACACCCAAAGUGCUGGAGGAGGUGUACAAUGCGGACACGGGCGCGCCCUGUUCGACCAAGCACAUCCGCAAGAAGCAGUUCAUCGACACGAUCCGCAAAUCGCUGUCGCCCCACGGAUCCAAGAACAUGACCGAGCCGGCGGCCGUGACUUGUGUGAAGCUGUGCAAAGCGGCCACCUACCUCAACAUCCUGGACUCGACCAACGUGAUACUGUCCUUGGUGAAAUCUGUCAUAAACGACCUGAAAGUGUUGCUCUUCAAGCACGACAAGCCCUUCUCUCGGGGAGCCGGAUACUUGAAAGAGGACAUUGAUCUCAUGAUCGAUUGCUUCCUCGCCAUUUUCAGAUUCAAUCCUCACAACAAUGAUACGCUUAAGAUAUGCCUGAACACCCAAUCACCACCUACCUAUCAUCAGGUUCUGGUGUGCUCCAUCCACCGAAUCAUUACUCAGAAGAGCCUCCCGUGGUGGCCUCAAGUCACUAUGCUCUACAAUAAGUCUCCCGAGCUUCGAGAUCUGUUCAUCAAGACGCUCAACUGCGUCACCCAAGGUUACAUGUCCCACACGCCUAUGAGGAUGAUCCAAUCAUUUAGUCUGAGGGAUCGAGUGUACCCUCUGAAUCGCUUGAAUCGAGGGACAGCCUCGGAUGAAGGCAAUUUCCAGAAGAACCUGCUACUCCACAUUGUCAGGCUGAUCAAUUCGGAUCCAAUGCUCAUGCUGAACAAUCAGGGUAAAGCCGGUCGCGAGAUUCAGUCCUCCACCUUGGAACUCAUCAACGGGCUCGUCUCAUUGGUUCACCAACCCAACAUGCCUGAUGUGGCUUUGGAAGCCAUGGAUGCUUUACUGACUCUCCACAAUCCCGACAAAAUCGAGACCUGGAACCCGGAGUCGCCCAUCACCACUUUCUGGGAUGUCUCUUCUCAGGUGUUGUUCUCCAUGUCUCAGAAGCUAAUACAACACCAAAUCGUGAACUACACCGACAUAUUGAAAUGGCUGAGGAAAAUCCUCGAGUGUCGCAAUCAGUUCCUGAAGCGCCACAAAGACAUGGCAAAUUUGGGCUCAUCCAUCGCCAUUUGCAAACAAGCCCACAUCAAAUUAGAGGUGGUGUUCUUCAUGUAUUUAUGGAGUAUUGACGCCGAGGCCGUGUUGGUAGCCAUGUCUUGUUUCUCCUUGCUCUGUGAAGAGGCGGACAUUCGAUGUGCUUCCGAUGACUUCUCUCCGGGCAAUAUUCUCCCCAACUACCACGUGUAUGAGGAACUAGCCCAAGCUUCCACCACACUGACCACGGGAAGAGCCGCACUCCAGAAGAAAAUCAUGGGCUUACUCAGAAAAAUCGAGGUGAGCACGGCAGGUGUGAUGUCUGCUUGGGAUGACACGUUCUUGAAUUGGGAGUCGAGCACCAAAUCGCUCUCGCACUUCCCCAAGAUCAGGGAUGAGUUUCCACCCUCCGAAGCGUUCCCCAGGAUUGGUAAACGAAGAGCUUCCCAACACAAUUUCCUGACCGCCUCCAGUACGGAGCACGAGCUUGAGGAUCAGAUCAAUGAAUGGGCCAAUAUGACUGGGUUCCUGCUCUCCCUUGGAGGAGUUUGUCUCCAAAGUAAAUCGCCUCGAGGCUUGCGAGCCAUCAUUGGCGAUCCCGCCAAGAAAGGUGUGCUUCAACAGAUCUCACAUGGAACCAGUCUCGACAUGCAGUAUUGUCCGGUGACCACGUAUCUGGGGCAGUUGCUUCGCCUCUUGGUGUGUGCCAACGAGAAGUUCGGUGCCCAAAUUCAGAAGCACGUCAAGGAAUUGGUUGGCCACGAUAUGAGCCCCAUGCUCUACCCGAUCCUCUUUGAUCAGAUCAAGUUGAUCGUGGAGAAGUUCUUUGAUGCUUCGGGACAAGUGAUUGUGAACGACACCAACACCAAGUUCAUCGACCACAUCAUCUUCAUCAUGAAGAACGUACUCGAGAUGAAGCAUGAGAAUCAGCCUCAAGAGAAUCUCGGCCAAACCAGUAUCGAAAUCAUGAUGCUCACCAUCGUCAGGUAUGUAAGGCAUCUGGACACGACGGUGAUGGCGCUGAAACUCAAGACCAAACUGUGUCAAUUGGUGGGGACCAUGAUGAAGCGACGCGACGACUUGUCCUUCCGUCAGGAGAUGAAAUUCAGAAACAAGCUGGUUGAAUACCUCACGGAUUGGGCUAUGGGUAAUUCACACCAGAUUGCACCUCCUGGGUGCGGAGACGUGUCCACGGUCACGAGGGACCUCGAUGAGGCUUGCAUGCAUGCUGUGGCAGCUUUACUUCAAAAUCUUCCGCUCCAAUCCGAGGAGUCCGACCGAGGUGAUCUCAUGGAGGCCAAGAGUCAGUUGUUCCUGAAGUAUUUCACGCUCUUCAUGAACUUACUGAAUGAUUGCGGGGAUAGCAAUUCGUCGGAUGAGAAAGAGAUGGGCCGCGGGGGUCGCAAUGCUCAAUUGAACAAGAACUCGUUGCGGAACGCCACCAUUCAAGCCAUGUCAAACCUUCUUUCCGCCAAUAUCGAUUCGGGCUUGAUGCACUCCAUCAGUUUGGGUUAUCACAAGGACCUUCAAACCCGCGCGGCUUUCAUGGAAGUCCUUACGAAAAUCCUGCAACAAGGCACAGAGUUCGAUACCUUGGCGGAUAACGUGUUGGCGGAUCGAUACGUUCAGUUAGUCCAAUUAGUCACGAUGAUUGGAGACAGAGGCGAGCUACCCAUCGCCAUGGCCUUAUCCAAUGUGGUGACCUCUUCUCAAAUGGACGAGUUGGCCCGAGUGUUUGUCACUCUCUUCGAUGCCAAGCACCUCCUUUCCCCGUUAUUGUGGAACAUGUUUUAUCGCGAAGUCGAGGUCUCGGAUUGCAUGCAAACAUUAUUCCGCGGAGCCACCCUAGGAAGCAAGAUCAUGGCCUUUUGCUUCAAAAGCUAUGGCGCCAGCUAUCUCCAGGGCAUUUUGGAACCUCGCAUCCAGGUGCUGAUUGAUGGUGCCGAUUGCCAUUCCGCCCGAUUCGAGGUGGAUCCCACUCGGACCGAUUCCAAUGACGACCUCGAGCAGAACCGAAAGAAUCUCAUGGACAUCACACAAAACGUGUUUGAUGCCAUCAUCUCGUCGGCGGAACUCUUCCCAUCGCAGCUGCGCUCCAUGUGCCAUUGCCUUUACCAAGUCUUGUGCAAGAGAUUCCCGAGCAGUCAGCAGAGUAACAUUGGAGCCGUGGGCACGGUGAUCUUCUUGAGAUUCAUCAAUCCCGCCAUUGUGUCCCCUUUCGAGAUGGGGAUCGUGGAGAAGCAGCCUCCGCCCAAUAUCAAACGGGCGCUCAUGCUCAUGUCCAAGAUCCUGCAGAAUAUUGCCAAUCACGUGGAGUUUUCCAAAGAACAGCACAUGCUUUGCUUCAACGAUUUCGUGAGCAAGAACUUCGAGUCCGGUAGGCGCUUCUUCAUUCAGAUCGCAUCGGAUUGCGAGUCUUUGGACCAAGGCCAAUCCCACUCCAUGUCAUUCAUUUCGGACGCCAAUGUGUUGGCGCUUCACCGUCUCCUUUGGAACCAUCAAGAGCGCAUUGGCGACUAUCUCUCGUCCAGCCGAGACACAAAGGCCGUGGGACGACGACCAUUCGACAAAAUGGCCACUCUCCUAGCCUAUCUGGGUCCUCCAGAACAUCGAACAGUGGAUACGCAGUUCCUAUUCUCGUCUUACACUCGAUGGUCCUCGGUGGAUAUGACGAGCACGAAAUUUGAAGAGAUCAUGACCAAGCACAACAUGCACGAGAAGGAUGAAUUCAAGUCGAUCAAGACCCUGAACAUUUUCUACCAGGCCGGAACGUCAUCGGCAGGAUUGCCCGUGUUCUACUACAUUGCUCGUCGGUACAAGAUCGGCGAGACCAAUGGGGACCUACUCAUUUACCAUGUCAUACUGAGUCUCAAGCCUUACUUCCAUAAGUCAUACGAUAUUGUGAUUGAUUUCACCCACACGAGCUCGGAGAAUCGUUUCCGAACGGAAUUCUUGCAGAAAUGGUUUGUGGUUUUACCCUCGGUGGCCUUUGAAAAGGUCAAUAACGUGUACAUCUACAACUGCAACUCCUGGGUAAGAGAGUACACCAAGUUCCAUGAUCGGAUCCUGAUGCCGUUGAAGAAUAAUCGAAAGAUCGUGUUUGUCGAGCCUCCAGCCCGUUUGAACGACUUCAUUGCGGUUGACCAACAGAAGCUUCCAGGUGCCACUUUGUCUCUCGACGAAGAUCUCAAAGUGUUCUUAAGCGCCUUGAAGCUCUCGCACAAGGACACCAAAGUCAACAUCAAAGUGGGUCCAUCGGCCAUUCAGAUCACUUGCACCGAGAAAACCAAGGUCUUGGGGCUCCCGUGCCUGCUCAACGAUGUGUACUAUGCCAGUGAGAUUGAGGAGGUGUGUCUGGUGGAUGACAAUCAGUUCACACUGACCAUUGCCAAUGAAUCUGGACCGCUGUCCUUCAUCCAUGCGGAUUGCGACUCCAUCGUUCAGAGUAUCAUUCACAUUCGCACCCGUUGGGAGCUCUCACAGCCGGAUUCAGUCACGGUUCACCAGAAGAUCCGACCCAAGGAUGUUCCGGGAACACUUUUGAAUAUGGCCUUGCUCAAUCUCGGCUCCUCAGACCCCAACUUGAGAACGGCUGCUUACAAUCUCCUGUGUGCACUCACCUCUACGUUUGAUCUGAAGAUCGAGGGUCACUUGUUGGAGACGAAUGGUGUGUGCAUCCCAUCGAACAACACCAUAUUCAUCAAGUCCGUAAGCGAAACCUUAGCUUCGAACGAGCCACAUCUCACUCUCGAGUUCCUGGAGGAGUGUAUCCAAGGCUUCAGUGCAUCGUCGAUUGAGCUGAAACAUCUGUGUCUCGAGUACAUGACACCCUGGUUGCCCAAUCUUACCCGAUUCGUCAAAAACCCCGGGGACGAUGCGAAACGGCAGAAAGUGGCCCACAUCCUCGACAAACUCAUCACUCUCACCAUUGAAGAGCACGAAAUGUACCCUUCGAUCCAAGCCAAAAUUUGGGGCAACAUCGGCCAAGUGAGUGAACUCAUCGACAUGGUCUUGGACUCCUUCAUCAAGCGAUCCGUGACUGGUGGAUUGGGGUCAGCUCAAGCCGAAAUCAUGGCUGAAACGGCCGUGUCCCUCUCGGCAGCUAAUGUGGCUUUGGUAGCCCGGAAAGUCAUCUGGCGGUUGUGUCGGGUCAUUGACAAGACCUGCAUGUCUCCAACCAACAGCUUGGAGCAACACAUCAUGUGGGACGAUAUCGCCAACUUGUCACGCUACCUCUUGAUGCUCUCGUUCAACAACAGCUUGGACGUAGUCCGACAUUUACCCUACCUCUUCCACAUCGUUACCUUCAUCGUUUGCACGGGUCCGAUCUCGAUGCGAGCCUCCACUCAUGGCCUGGUGAUCAACAUACUCCAUUCCUUGUGCACUUGCACAGAGCCGUCAUUGUCAGAUGAGUGCAAGCGGUUGCUGCGACUCAGCUUGGACGAGUUCUCUUUGCCCAAGUUCUACUUACUGUUCGGCAUUUCUAAGGUCCAAUCUGCGGCCACCACGGCUUUUCGAUCCGCUACCCGCACCUCUGGAGAGCGGUGGACUGGUGCUGAUCGAAGCUUUUCCUUGUCCUCGCCCGAUCGAGAAUGGCUCUACCUGACGGCUUUGGCGGAUAUCACCGAGGCCCUCUUGGAUAUCAUGGAAAAUUGCGCGCCCAGUGUCCCUGGCUGCGAUUGGCUUCAGAAGUGGACGAGUCAAGCCAAAAGCUUUGCCUUUCGCUACAAUCCUGCUUUACAGCCUCGAGGAUUGGUUGUGUUCGGGUGCAUCGCCAAGAAGAUCACGGACCACGAGAUCAAGUUGCUCUUGCGAACGCUCACCAAGGCCCUCGAGAGCUUUACUGAUAUCACGCUCAUCGAGGCCAUCGUCAUGUGUCUGACGCGAUUGCAAAACAUUCUCCGACCCGAGUCUCGGAUUCACAAGUUCCUCUUUUGGGUGGCCAUCUCCAUCCUUCAAUUGGACGAGAUCACGUUGUACGCAUCCGGAUUGGCUCUCCUCGAGCAGAAUCUCCUGAAUCUGGACAACCAAGGCGUGUUCGAUAUCGACGACAUCGCGGUCACCAUGCUAGCCACUCGAGGGAAGCUGGAAUGGUAUUUCAAACAAUUGGAUCACUCCGUGGGACUCUCCUUCAAGUCCAACUUCCACUUUGCUCUCGUGGGGCAUCUCAUCAAGGGAUAUCGGCACCCCGCUCAAAUCACGGUGGCCAGAACGACCCGGGUUCUCACCACUCUGCUAAGUAUAGUGGCCAAACCCUCCGGCUUGGAUAAAUUUGAAGUCACCAAGAACAACGUGGCUUACUUGGCUGCACUAAUCUCUGUAUCAGAAGAUGUGCGAUCCCGUUGCCAUGUCAAGCACACGUUCGCCGAUGUGAUGCCGGAUUCGCCGAGUUUCGACAGUUUCGCUGUGGACAAUCAUUUGAAGCAACAUCGCAUGGUGAGGCCCGCUCAUGAGCUUGCUUCCCCCUUGAAUGAGAACUUCCACCCAUCGCCAAACUUGAGACAAAAGAGCUUGGAUCUGAUGGAUGAACCGCCCAAUGAGAGUGGAAAUCCUCCACCUGCCUUAGCCUCUUCGCCUCCCGUGGCUGGUGCGGCGGCCAAUGAACAACGACCUCCACUUGUGGCCAAUAUGAAUCGCCAAGUCGCCAGUUUGGCGACGCCCAAAAACCCUCAAGCUGCGCUAUCUCCUCCACCCCCGCCACCUCCAACAGGAUCGCCUCCAGGAUCGCCACCGUUGCAAGAUCCGCCCAACUUUAACCAGGGAGCUGCCCAAGGUGGAGCUGGAAGAGGUGGAGGUGCUGCUCAGCCUCAAGUGGAUGAUGACACGAGUGAUUCGGGAUGCGAGGAUGUGAGCGAUGAUGCCGAUGCCGGCAGACCUUCAAUAUCGAAUGACAACAACAUUCUCUUGGAUCCGGAGGUGCUCAAUGAUCAAGUCACGCAAGUCCUUGUUCUCACCGUCAUGGCCACACUCGUCAAAUACACUACCCACGAGAGCGAGGUGCGCAUUUUGUACGAAUAUCUGGCUGAAGCCUCAGUGGUGUUCCCCAAGGUGUUUCCUGUGAUCCACGCCCUUUUGGAUGCGAAAAUCACCACAGUGCUGUCCCUGUGCCACGACAAGACCAUCCUAGCCGCUGUGCAAUCCAUCAUCGAGAACAUGAUUGCUAGCGAUGAUGACAAGUCUCAACAACAACUGCACUACCUCCAAACUUGCGGCUUCGGCGGGCUUUGGCGAUUCGCCGGACCAUUUCCGCAAGCCAGUUGCAACUCUGAAAACGUUGAGCUAUUUUUCAACGCUCUUGAAGCCUUGGUCGAAUUCGAGCUCCAGCUGGAUGAGCAGGAAGAGAAUAUCUCUUACCACUCCCUGCUCUCCGUGUCCUCCAAUAUCAAAGCCUCGGCCUCAAUGACCUCACUCUCGCUGGCCUCGCCCACUGAGAAGAACCCGAGCAUCGGCACGGUCAGUGAGCUCGGGGAUAGCCAAAACGCCAUUUGAUAUUCGCUAGACGACCUCGCCAUCCUUGGCGGGGCCGUUGGAUCAAGUAGCUUCAUGGGAGGGGGACCCUUAGGCGGUGGGAGUGGCGGAUAUAUGAGCCGUAAGCACCGCAAUUCCAACAACUAUUCGGGUCUCUUAACACAGGACGAUCAGGAUUUGUCACCCAGCACUUCGGCGAUACGGAGAGCAUCAUUCACGCUCGUUCAAUGGAAUCAGCAGUUCUGUUUCGACUUGUAGAUCAUCAAGCACGCCCUCCCUCCUACCAUUCUCCGCCCUUUCCGUCUCGUUCCUACCACUGAUUGCUCCUCGUUUCCUACGUAAACCAUGGUCUGUCGUCUUCGAUCACUCCAAUCCGUAAUUCAUUCAGUACAGAUUAUCAAUUCACUCUUUAAGAACGGCGCCGCUCUGAUAUGUAAUAUGAACCUUAGUACCACCUUUUGCCCCAGCCUCUCCCGAAAACUUAUAUUUAUUUAUAUAUAUAUGUGUGUGUGUAUCGAUAUAGAAUUUAUUUUUAACUUCGGCCCUUUUGCAAAAUGAUUGCCAAUUUAUCUACCCCCGAUUCAUCAUGGAUGGCCUUGUUACGACAUAUUAGAUCUGUUUCCAUGAUUGCAUGUUCUGGCUUUUUGUCAUAAAUGUUGUGACACUACGAGUAGUGGAAACUUCUAUAAGAUAGAUGUACAUGUACCAAAACAUCGACUCUCUUUAUCUAGAAAUCCAAUUGUGCCCCUCAUGUAUAUGUUCCAUGUCAGAUCGAGAGGCAAAAGUGGACAUCCAUAAUCAGUUGUUAAUCCAUCACUCGAAUCUCUCUUCAGAAUAUAUAUAUAUAUAGUAAA